GUAGUCCUUUUAAACUGGCUUCUGUUUCUUUUUCAUGUGUUCCUGUGAUUCUUGGAGCAUUUUCUUACAAUUUUGGGAAGUAUGUGAUUCUUUCCUUAGGUAACAAAAAAUGAAUGAUGAAGGGGAAAAUGAAAGUUAUGAAGGCUACCUUAUUCUACUGGGUUUUUCACAUUGGCCUCAUCUGGAAGUAAUUCUCUUUGUGCUUAUCUUGAUGUUCUACUUGACGACAUUGAUAGGCAACCUCUUUAUCAUUGUCUUGUCGUACCUGGACGCCCAUCUCCACACUCCCAUGUACUUCUUCCUCUCAAACCUCUCUUUUCUGGAUCUCUGCUACACCACCAGCUCCAUCCCUCAGUUGCUGGUCAAUCUCUGGGGCCCAGAAAAGACCAUCUCUUAUGCCGGUUGCAUGACUCAACUUUACUUUGCCCUUGCACUGGGAACCACAGAGUGUGUCCUCCUGGUGGUCAUGUCCUAUGACCGUUAUGCAGCUGUCUGUAGACCCCUGCAUUACACCGUGAUCAUGAACCCUCGUUUCUGCCACCUGUUGGCUGUGGCUUCCUGGGUCAGUGGCUUUACCAACUCAGCACUUCAUUCCUCCUUUACCUUCUGGGUCCCCCUCUGUGGACAUCGCCAAGUGGACCAUUUCUUCUGUGAAGUUCCAACACUGCUGCGAUUAUCGUGUGUUGAUACCCAUGCUAAUGAGCUGACCCUUCUGGCCACAAGCUCCAUUUUUGUUCUGAUACCACUCAUACUGAUCCUCAGCUCAUAUGGUGCCAUUGCUCGGGCUGUGCUGAGGAUGCAGUCAUCAACCGGACUUCAGAGAGUCUUUGGAACGUGUGGAUCCCAUCUUAUGGUUGUGUCCCUCUUUUUCAUUCCAAUCAUGUGCAUAUAUCUGCAGCCAACAUCAGGAAGUUCUCAGGAUCAUGGCAAGUUCAUUGCCCUCUUUUAUACUGUUGUCACACCUAGCCUCAACCCUCUAAUCUACACUCUCAGAAACAAAGAUGUAAGAGGGGCAGUAAGGAGACUAGUGGGAUGGUAGAGACCACUGCAUUCAUGACCCUCAUAGGACAGCAAGGCGCCUCCUCAACAAGGACUAGUCUGCAUCCAUCUAUCAUCUACUCUCCCAUUUACUCACUCUGUCAGCACCAGUGGAGUGUGUGUCUCUCAGGACCACAGAGCUCUGACUCACAGAUAUGAAUUAAACAGUCUGGCUAAAUACCAAUCACUCUCUCAUGGAAGAAACAGCCAAGUAAAACCAAGAUCAAACAUAUUUUUCAGUGGCACAAUAAAUAAAACAAAGGUAUCUCAUUCUUAACUGAAAAUUAAGAAAUGAAAUUCCUAUAUAAAAGUGAUAUACUUUUUUUUUUCUAAC